AUGGUUACCUACUUGCCCAUCUCAUCACCUUUCAUUAGAUUCGCUGGUCGAUAUGUCGACGAAGCCUUCGGCGUGGCUGCUGGCUACAACUUCUUCAUAUUCGAAGCCGUUAUGGUUCCGUUCGAAGUUACGGCAUGUAAUAUGAUCAUCAACUACUGGAGUGAUGUAGUCCCAGUUGCCGGGAUUGUUAUCAUUGUACUGGCACUCUACGUUCUUUUGAAUCUCUUUGCCGUCGAAUGGUAUGGCGAGUCUGAGUUCUGGCUUUCUCUCAGCAAAGUCUUACUCAGCGUGGGGUUGAUAUUCUUCACAUUUAUUGUGAUGGUUGGAGGCAAUCCUCUCGGCGACCGGUUCGGCUUCCGGUACUGGAGGAAUCCUGGAGCCUUCGCAGAAUAUUACAAACCUGGCGAUCUUGGGCGAUGGCUUGGGUUCUUGGCUUGUUUGAUUCAGGCCAGCUUCACCAUUGCCGGACCAGAUUACGUCUCAAUGGCUGCCGGGGAGGCAGUCAAUCCUCGUGGAGUUUUACCGAAGGCUUACAACGGCAUAUUUCUUCGGCUCACGGCAUUCUUUGUUUUGGGGGUGCUUUGCAUCGGCAUUUUGGUUCCUUAUAACGACCCCGAAAUGGCGGCUGCGUUUGAACAAGAUUUGCCCGGCGCUGCGUCAUCGCCUUAUGUGAUUGCAAUGGAUCGGUUGCAAAUCCCCGUGCUGCCACACAUCGUCAAUGCCAUGAUUCUCCUUGCUUCGUUCAGCGCGGGUAACAGCUAUGUUUACUGCGCCAGCCGUAGCCUUUACGGGCUUGCGCUUGAUGGCAAGGCGCCACGUAUCCUCACCAAGUGCACCAAGAAGGGUAUACCGAUCUACUGCGUGCUGGUCGUGCUUCUUAUCUCUCUCCUUGCGUUCUUACAGGUUUCCAAUGGCUCAGCAGUCGUACUUAACUGGUUUGUUAGUCUGAUGACAGCCUCCCAACUCAUCAAUUUCUCAGUCAUCACCUUCACAUACACUAGAUUUAGAAAAGCUCUGAUCGUACAGGGCGUGGCCCGGCAGACUCUACCCUACCGGAGUUGGGGCCAACCUUAUGUCGCCUACAUAGCUUUGGUCUCCACAUUCGUCAUGACCUUCGUCGGAGGAUACACAGUAUUCCUGCCCGGUAACUGGGACGUACCGACAUUCUUGUUUUCGUACACGAUGAUCGCGGUGUUUCCGAUCAUUUAUGUCGGCUAUAAAUUAUUUUGCCGGACAAAGCUUUGGAAGCCCGAAGAGGUUGAUAUAAUGACUGGUGUGGAUGAUAUAGAUGAGUAUACGAAGAGCUAUGUUGAAGUACCUUCGCGUAAUCCUUUCUCACGAUUUGGCGAUUGGCUGUUCGGCUGA